GAAUCUCUCUUCUAGGCGGUGCCAUGCAAGCGGCCACGCGUGACACUCAAUUAGCACUGUGCCAAUCAGGAGCCUGGCUGUUCUGUGCCCUCGCCUCGUUUUGCGGUUCGGUUCGGUCCAGGCUGAGGCCGGUCAUUUCGUCUCCAGGGAACGACAGUGUUCGCGUCACGAAGUGAAGCGAAGUGCGAGGGGAGUCACGUGCGCUGACCGGGCAGUAGGCGGACCGGGCGGAGAAGGCCGCGCCGAAGCACGGCGGUAUAAAGCCUCGGCUCGCUGGCGCGCAUGCAAGUUGCUGCCCUGUGGCCAGCAAGUGAGAACCCCGUGGGCAGAGCCUCCUAUCCCAGCGCCCCGCUCGGCGCUCCUCUCCGAUCCACACUUGAACCUCUCUGUUGGCGCCGCAGGAGACACCGGGACUUCCCUCUCAGUCUCAGCAUGGACAGGACCGUCAGGACGUGCCUGCUGGCGGGCCUGGCGCUCCUCUCCCUGGCGUACGUCGCCGAGGCCGAGACCUACGACGAGGGCCGCUUCGCGCACAUCAACGUGGACGAGGUCCUGGGCAACCAGCGCAUCCUCGUCGCCUUCAUCAAGUGCUUCCUGGACCAGGGCCCGUGCACGGCCGACUCCAAGGACAUGAAAAAGCUCCUGCCCGACGUGCUCGACACGCGGUGUGCAAAGUGCACCGACAGGCAGAAGAAGAUGAUGGCACAAGCAGUGAAGCAUGUGAAAGAGCACUACCCGAAGGAGUGGGAAGAGCUGGUCAACAAGUACGACCCCGACCAUUCAAAGUCUGCAGAUCUCGACGACUUCCUCAUCAAAGCCAGUGCAUAACCAGGGGCUUCCAACGUCAAGGAAAAUAAAACAGUUUGAUAAUCAAAGA